UUCUUCCAGUAUUUACGGUCGCUGCCGCUCAAGCAGGAAGUGUUUUUGUCCGCAGCUUCUCACAUUAAAGGAUUAAACCGGUCCAGGUCGUCAGUUAGGGAUCAUUUGAAUGCUUCCAGGAGAGAUGUUUGAGAGCAGGCUGAAGGCAGUGCUGGAGUCCGCGGUGUCGGAGAUCCUGCAGCUGCACGAGGACGGACUGGUGCUGAUGCGCGCGCAGAUCCGCCUGAGAGACGCGCAGAUCCGCGCGCUGAAGAAGCGCGUCACAGACAGCGAGUUCGCGGGUAAAUCUACCAGAGGCAGAAAUAUAACAACAAAUGACCGGCGUCUCGAGUGUCGUGAUGGAGACAUUCAGAAUCCUGCUGCCCGACUUCAGCUUAAUGGGAAUCCAGAAGACAGCGACACACUCGCACAGAUGUUUACUGCAGAAAGAAAAGACGUGCCCGUCACCGAAGACCUCAACGCACCUCAGAACGAGGAAGACUUUGCUGGACCGGUGGAGAUGAAGCAGAACUUUCUUGAAAUCACAGAAGAUCCACACUGCUCGCAGAUGCCUGCAAGAACACACGCGUGUGCGUUCACGUCCAUCAGCGCUAGUCAAACCGUGAACAGCCUCAGCUUUGAGUCCGACAGUCAGAACUCACGACCCGACAGAACCGCGUCAGACUUCAUCCAGAACAGAACGUCUCCUGAUCGCAGUAAUGCUUGCAGACGUGAAGCGGCGCAGGAAAAGUGGUUCAUCUGUUCGUUCUGCGGGAAGAGUUUCGACCGCUCCAGCCACCUGCAGAUGCACCGGCGCGUCCACACCGGAGAGAGACCCUUCCGCUGCGCCGUCUGCGGCAAGAGCUUCUCGCAGCUCAGCAACCUGCGCACGCACCAGAAGAUCCACCGGACACACACGAAGACAAACUGAGACGAGACUUUCCUGCAUCUUUCAUUCACAUGAACAUUUAUUAAAGUUCUUCACAGAUCAGUAAUCUUUAUUUGUGUGAGUAAACACAAACUCAACAUUACAAAUAUACAAAACGCAUUUAUCUACUUAUCUAGCUGCAUAAACAGAUGUUUAAAGUCUGACCAACUAACAGUUAGUCUUACUUUUCAGGUUCAAAUUAGACCAGUAUACAUUUUUAUUUAACUGACUUCAAGCUGGUAACACAUUCAGGUUUCAUUUGUUAACAUGAACUAACAAUAAAAAGCAUUUACUAAUUUAAACUUUUAGUAAUACAUUAUUACUCAGACAUAAAACUCAGAAUAGUAACUUUUAAAAAUAGUGCAAUACUGUAACGAGUGAUGGAGUUUUUGUGGAGUAAAUAUAAAGCAGUCCACAGUCUAAAAUAUGUGUUUAGUAGUUAGAGAGGUAACCUGUUAGUCUGGUUCAUAUGGUAACCACAGUUAGUGCCAAAGUAAUUAAUAUUAAUGUAUUACAUCUUUACAUUAGCAACAAUAACUGUAGCGACUUUUUCUGCAGAAAACGUUUGUAAAGAAAGUGACAUUGGAGCAAAACUGAAGUCAAACAGAAACAUUUUAUAUAGACACAUAACAGAUACACUGCCAGUCAAAAGUGUGAAAUAAUUAAGAUUUAAUGUUUUUGAAAGAGUCUCUUCUGCUCACCAAGGCUGCAUUUAUUUAAUCAAAAAUACAGUAAAAAUUGUGAAAUAUUAUUAUAAUGUAAAUCAGCUGUUUUCUAUGUGAAUAUAUAGUAAAAUGUAAUUUAUUCCUGUGAUCAAAGCUGAAUUUUCAGCAUCAUUACUCCAGUCUUCAGUGUCACAUGAUCCUUCAGAAAUCAUUCUAAUAUGAUGAUUUGAUACUCAAGAAACAUUUAUGACUAUCAAUGUUGAAAAAGUUCAUAUUUUUGUGGAAACUGAUACAUUUUAUUUUUCUUGAUUAUUUGAUGAACUUUCAGCGUUUAUUUGAAAUAGAAUCUUUUCUAAUAUUAAAAACAUCUUUACUGUCACUUUUGAUCAGUUUAAUGCAUCCUUACUGAAUAAAAGUAGUAAUUUCUGUCUUUUAUAUUUCUUACCUCAAACGUUUGAAUGGCAGUGAAUGACGGUUUCCACAAAAAUAUUUUUUUUUUUUACGUUGUAAUAAUAUUUAAUAAAAUUUACUGUAUUUUUGAUUAAAUAAAUGCAGCCUUGGUGAGCAGAAGAGACUCUUUCAGAAACAUAAAAAAAAAAAUCAUAAUUAUUCCAAAUUGUUAUUAUACUAUAAAUAUAAACGUCCUAUGUUUUAUAUUUUAGUAUUAUGACAGAUUUAAACAUGUCAACUCAAACAAACAUGAAAGUCUGAUACAUGUUUGUUGUGGUGGAAUUAAUUUUACAAGAAAGUGUCUUAACAUCAUAUAAAUGCCGUCACAGUUCUGUCAUCUCGACACACAGAGGUAGAAUGAGUCCAAACCAGGAACGAAUCAAGAUCAGCAGGACUUCAGCAGAAACACAUCCAUAUGUCAGUGUUUGUGUGUUUAACCCUUAAACGUCUCCUCUAUUGUCUGAGUUCACAUGAUGUGCUGGAAGAAAGAGAUCCAGUGCAGCCGAUGGGAAAUAAAUCGCUCCUCAUUUCACCAUCAUAUGUGAGUUUGUGUACACUGAUCAUCCGCUUAAAGGGACAGUUCAAACAAAUAAUAUUAAAAAUCUAUCAUGUACUCACCCUCA